AUGGAUAGGGAUUAGGAAACAAAAAAGUUGCGCAUUUAAAGCGAAUAAUAAAAUUUACAAUGCAUUUCUUCAACUGAUGUAAAAAUGGAAGAACUUGAUUCAUUUUGGAACUAUAAUCUUAAGUAGAGUUGCUCUGUUAAUAUAGAGGAUCUAUUCUAGAUUUAAAUAGAGGACAAUAGUACUCUUGAAUAAAUAGCUUCAAAGAUGAAAAUAUUCUUAAAACCACAAAUUGAUAAUUUUUUAAAAGUGAAUCGUAGAAAUGUUAAACUAAUCAAAUAUCCAAAAGCAUAAUGGAACACCAAUUUGAGUAUUUAAUAAAAAGAUGUCAAUUAAUUAUACUUCUCCGAUUAAUAGGCUGGAUUUCAGACAAAUGAAAAUUAAGUUAUUAUUCACAAUAUUGCGCCAUAAUUAAUACAUUAAUAUACAAAUUAUUUAAAAAUAGAUCAAAAUAUUAAAAGAUAAGAAACACAAGAUCUAAAUUUUAAGUACAACUUUACUUCAGAAUUAAGAGAAAAAUAUAAACUUGACAUUCUUAAAGUCAACAAAGAAUUAUGGAGAUCUUAAGUAGGUAUCGAUUAAAUGAUUCUGCUUAAUAAGAAAUAUGCCCAAAAUCAAUUGGACUUUAUUUAAAUUUAUUCUUUAUAUUUAUAUUUAAUUGAAAAUAAGAAUAUUUCAAAAUUAACUUUAAAUGAAAUAUUUGCCUACCUCUAACAAUAAUUAAUUAAAAAGAAUGUAACCAUAGAAAUAAAUAUAAAAUCAUUAAUUCAGAUCUACUUACAACUAUAAAACAAAUAGUUUUCUCAUAUAAAGCAAACAAUAUUCUAAAAAAUUAAUUUCAUUUAACAAUUUGAUUUAACCGCAAUUUAGAAUCUAUCAUUUAAAUCAUUUAGAACAAAUAGAUAUAUAGAAAAAGACUUAGCAUUUAUUUGCAAUUCAUGCUCGUAGUACCUAAAUUCGUGUACCUGCACAUUCAUUAACAAUUUGGCUUAAAUAAGAAACCUAUUGGAAUUUUGCAGCAUUGUAAAUUAUAAGGGUCCCUCUAGAAAACCUGCUUGGUACUAUGAUAUUUUAAAAGCUAAUGUAUAGAGAAGUUGUGGUGAAGGAUGUUACAAAAACUAAAACAAUUUUGAGUUAUUAAGAAAGAAAUCUAGUAAUAGUUAAUUGAUUGAAGAAUAUUAACCAAUAAAAAUUGAUAGGGAUCCAUGCUUAUUAACUUAAAUCUAUAAUUAGGAUUGUUUGUCCAUUUUUAUACAAGCAAGAUAUCGAUACAAGGAAAUUAAAGAAGAGUACUUAUAAACACUAAAAUAAAUACAAGAAAAUCAAGAUUAAGAGGCUCUAGUUAAUUAUCCAUUUAAUAAUGCAAAUUUAUAUAUUCCAUGUUCUCAUAAAUAGGAUUUCAAAUGUCAAAAUUGCAAUUGUGAUUAAUUUUGUUCGAAAUACUGUGAUUGUUAAUAAGGUUGCUGUACUAAAAAGCUGUAAGGAUGUACAUGCAAAGAGAGAUGUUCAAUUGAUAGUAAAUGCUCUUGUAGAAUCGACAAUGUGGAAUGUGAUCCUUUAAUAUGCAAAUGCUGCAAAGUUGACUCAAACUUUGUUUGUUCCAAUAUUCAGAUUUUAAUUAACAAUGUGUAACCUACUUUAUUGGGAAGAUCUGGCGUUUGUAAUGGGCUUGGUGUAUUCGCAAGAAAUUAUAUAAUGAAGGAUGAAUUAAUAAUUUUAUAUAUUGGAGAAGUACUUAUUGAUGAUGAAGACGAAAUUCGAGAUUAAUUUGAUGAUACAUUUACAUUUUAUAACUAUUAAUUAAAUGAAGAUAAAUAUUCAUUGGAAAGUAGGUUUUGUGGAAAUGAAAGCAGAUUUAUUAAUCAUAAUAGUUAAAAUUUAAUGAAUUGUAAAACGAGACAGAUAUUUUCUUCAGGAAAAUUUCAACUAGCAAUUUAUGCUCUUACAGAAAUUUCUCCAUAACAAGAGAUUUUGUUGAAUUAUAAUGAAGGCGAUCAAAUCAACAAGGAUCUAAAUAAUUGGGUGGAUAUGAACUCUUAGUAUUGGAAUUAUAAGCAAACUACUUUCAUUGGAUGA